AUGGGCCUGUACCAAGUCCUCUUGUUAUUCGCCACGGUUUCGGUUUCCCACUUCGCACACUGCAAAGGCAUCUCUUCGGACUCAGAACCAAUCCAUAUGUCACCGCCCGACGCCCCAUUCUCGGCGUUUCGUCAGCAGAAUAGAGGCACCACCAGAUUCCUAAGGACGGGAGAAGAAGAGAGACAAAUCAGCGCAGGUAACGUUGUCGGUAUGGUUGCAAGCGCUAUCAAUAAUGAAGGACAACUGGGGCUGUAUCUAUCGCUGGGGUUGAAGCCCGAGACCGUCAAGAAACUUCUGAAGGUGAAAAAACCAGAAGGCAAAAGGUUCAGAAGCUACUCCAAGUAUUUCUACCGGUUCUACGUCAAGUAUCUCGGUGCUCCGCUGUCGCAUUUACCGGCUUCGACUGUGGACAACAUCAUGAACGCCCGACUGCACAGUUUCCUAGCCGGCCCGUUGACCCCACCGCAAGUUAAAAAUCUCAUCGGAGACGGCAAAUACCUCCAGCGGUACUACGAAAUGUACAGUGACGUGCAAGUUAGGAUGUCCAAGCGCAUCAAUGGGUUCUCAGCAGAGACCCUGAGGCUCAAUGGCAGGGAUCGAACAGUGCAUACUAGAAUUGAAGCUUGA